AUGUCACAUAAUUUUGAUGAUAGCAGUGUGAACAUUCUAUUGAAGGAGAUCGAUGCUCUGAUCAAUAGAAUGGGAGAUCAGAAUGAAAGUCACAAAAGCGAUAAUUCUUUUAAAGAUCAAUUAAGACAGACAGGUCGAUUUAUAGUGGAGAAUGAAUAGCCAUGUGAAGUCCCAAAGAAAUUCAGCAUGUCCAUUCCAAAAAAGCAAAACAAUUCUUAAUAGAAGAGAGUUACAAUAGUUUCAUAGAAGAAAUCCUCUUCCUCCUCCUCUUCAUCCGAUAAAGAGUAUUAAGUGAAUAAAAGAAAACAGAAAUAUGAAUAACAGAAGCAACAAUCUAAAUAUAGUCCAGGAAAACCAAAAUGGGCUGGGUCGUAAUGCUCUUAUAGAUCGAAGGCCAAAUCAAAUCUAAGAUUAGAAACUCAAUCGCAAUUGUCAUAAGUGAAAACUCAAUAAUCUUAAUUACCUGUGCAACCUGUGAAAGAUGUGUUUUGCUUGAUAUGCGAAGAAUUCAUUCCCAUAGAUAUAGUUAAUUUUCAUAUGAACGAGUGUAAAUAAAUCUCUAAUGGCAAUGGAGAGGAUUAAAAACUGCAAUUAAAAUUAGAGAACUACAAGAAACUCUUAAGUUUGAGAUUCGAAGCAAGCACUGAUGACAAUGUCAAACAAUUGAUUGAACUACUGUAUAACUGCACUUAAUAAAUUCUUGAAGUAACAGAUCAAUAUUAGCUAUCUCAAAUAGUUGAAGAUUUAUACGUCUUGAAAACCCAAUUAACUUAAAAUACCAAAGCUUAUCAUGUGUUGACAGUGGCAUAAAAGAUAUAAGAAAUUGCAAAUAGAAAGAUGCAAGUCAUGGUUUCAUAGUAAGAGAAGCACUUAGAAGUCAAAGAACCAUCAACAAUUCUACAUCAGAAUAAAAUCAGUUUCUAGUAAUAGGAACAAUUAAUUGAACGUUAAACAGUUAUUAGUUAUGCGACUAAUACUACCACGAGAAAAAGACUGUUUGAAUCACCAUCAUUCUAAAACAUGCCUAAGCAAUUAGUCAAAAUCUCCAAUUUAAAUACAAAACCAAUCUCUCAAGCCCAAAUUUAGAACAAAUCGCCUGUCAAAUAGGAGGUUCCUAAUUACAAAAAUGGAAUUGAGUUUGGUAAUAAUUACGAUUCCUCCAAAAAGAGAUCCUAUAUCCAAUUAUCAAAUUCAAAGAAUCUAACUAAAGUUCACACUGAACAACAUCGUUAAGAGAACAUCAAGGAGUCUGAACCUACUGUUAUCUCCAAAAUCUAAACCUAUAUUUCCAAUGUAAAAGGCAAGUUCUCUAAUGAGAAUGAAUAAUUAAAGAAGAAGUUCUUCCUACAAGCUUGCAAAUGUAAAGACAAAUUCCCAGUGAAUCAUCCCUCUCAAAAUGUACUAAUAUCUGAAAUGUUUAAUCAAAGUUAAAGACAAUAAAUUCCAGAAGAUGAAUGGGAAGUCUGGAUUUGCAAUGUCCUUGAAAAUGCUUGA